CUGCUAUAUGCCUAUAUAGCAGCAGUAUAGCACACGCCCAAGUCCGCGGCUUUUUUAUUGCUUAUUGAUAUUGAAAAACACGCGCAGUACGUACGUGGACUAUCCGAGGCACUAAAAACGGUGUCCUGCUGCGCUCUCUGCUUCCCAGUCCCAGCCAUGGCAUCCAAACGAGCCAACGCCGCCGGCGACGAGCAGCCGAAGCUGUCGCCUUCUGGCCUCCCGGUCCGCGAGAUCCCGGGAAGCUACGGCGUGCCUUUCUUCUCGCCGCUGCGCGACCGCCUGGACUACUUCUACUUCCAGGGCGCGGAGGAGUACUUCCGCUCCCGCAUCGCCAAGCACGGCGGCGCCACCGUCCUGCGCGUCAACAUGCCGCCGGGCCCUUUCCUCUCCGGCGACUCCCGCGUCGUCGCCGUCCUCGACGCCCGCAGCUUCCGCGUCCUCCUCGACGACUCCCGCGUCGACAAGGACGGCACGCUCGACGGCACCUUCAUGCCCUCCCUCGCGCUCUUCGGCGGCCACCGCCCGCUCGCGUUCCUCGACGGCGCCGACCCGCGCCACGCCGCGCUCAAGCGCGUCAUGAUCCGCCUCGCCGCCGCGCGGAUGCACCACGUCGCGCCUGCGUUCGGCGUCGCCUUCGCCGCCACGUUCGACGCCGUCGAAGCCGAGCUCGCGUCGUGCGCCGGCGCCGCCUCGGAGUUCAACAAGCACAACAUGCGCCACAUGCUGGACUUCACCUGCGCCGCGCUGUUCGGCGGCAAGCCGCCGAGCAAGGCCAUCGGCGACGGCGCGGCGGCGAAGGCGUACAAGUGGCUGGCCUUCCAGCUCCACCCGCUCGCCAGCAAGGCCAUCAGGCCGUGGCUGCUGGAGGAGCUGCUCCUCCACACCUUCCGCCUGCCGCCCUUCCUGGUGCGCCGCGACUACGCCGAGCUGACGGCCUACUUCGCCGACGUCGCGGCGGGCGUCCUCGACGACGCCGAGAAGCAGGCCGAGGCCGACGACCCGGGCGCCGCCGCCGUCCCCGUCCCGCGCGACGAGCUCCUCCACAACCUCGUCUUCCUCGCCAUCUUCAACGCCUACGGCGGGUACAAGAUCUUCCUGCCGCACGUCGUCAAGUGGCUCGCGCGCAGCGGGCCGGAGCUGCACGCCAGGCUCGCCGCAGAGGUCCGCGCCGUCGUCCCACGGCCGGGCACGACGAUCACCCUGUCGGACGUGGAGAAGAUGCCGCUGGUGAAGUCGUUCGUGUGGGAGACGCUGCGGAUGAACCCGCCGGUGGAGUUCCAGUACGGGCGGGCGCGGCGGGACACGGUGGUGGAGAGCCACGACGCGGCGUACGAGGUGAAGAAGGGCGAGCUGCUGUUCGGGUACCAGCCGCUGGCGACGCGCGACGAGCGCGUGUUCGGCCACCGCGGCCGCGAGUUCGUCCCGGACCGGUUCGCCGCCUGCUCCGACGACGACGAGCGGCGGCGGCUGCUGGAGCACGUGGUGUGGUCCAACGGGCCGGAGACCGGCGCGGCCACGGAAGGGAACAAACAGUGCCCCGGGAAAGACGCGGUGGUGGCGGUGGGGAGGCUGAUGGUGGCGGAGCUGUUCCGUCGGUACGACACGUUCGUCGCCACCGUCGAGGAGUCCCCCGUGGAGCCGGUCGUCACGUUCACUUCGCUGACGAGGGCGGCGGCGGCUUCCUCCGCCGCUGCCGCGGGGGACCAUGACAGCGUCGUCGUCGUCAAGCCCUGAUCUGAUCGAUCAUGCACAGUGCUGUGUACUGUACUGCUGUGUGUACAGUGUACUUUGUCUUUUGUGUGUGAUACGUACUGCACGUACGUAGUCCCGUCAUGUGCUUUUCUUAUGAUUUUGGGUGGCAUUAGAUCAAUGGUGGACAACGACAAAAUGUUUGAUGGGGGCAAUAAGAGCAUUUCUAAAUUAUCUGUUGUAAAUGUUACGAAUUCAAAACAUUUGCUACUGUGUGUCAUGAUUUUUUUUUUGAAAUAAAACUGUGUGUGUCAUGGUUUUUGAAAUAAAACUUCAUUUAUUUUUCAUUCUUCAA